GGAGAUAUUCUGAGUUUCUGAUUGGUUAUUCAUGUCAUAUAUAGAAGUAAGUGUAUAUAUAUCAUAUAUUAGUGUAACUGAAUACCUCAACUACAUCUAUAUGAUGUCAGUAAGAAACAAAUCCAUUUAUAAAGUGUUAAACUAGAUAAAGGCAGUUUAUCAAGGUUAAUAAAUUUUAUGAAGCAGCUGAUGAAGUAUAAAUAAAGUAUAUGAAAGUUGACAGGUGGACAAACUACAUAACAAAGGUAGCUGACAAGGCUAACAAGUCACAUUAGGAUAUUUCACCAAGUUGACAAACUAGGAUUGACUACCACACCCUCAAGAGAGGAGUCUCUACAGCAUAACCAAAUGCUAACAUUGAGCAGUAAUCAUUCCUUGCCAGUUGAAAAAAAAACUUUACAGAGUUCAUAUUUUCGAACAAAAUAUCAAGGGUUGACCUCUGUACCUUUAGUUCUGAAGAGAUGGAACUACAAAGAUAAAUGGACACCACCAAAAUCACCUUACAAUCUUGUACAGGAGAGUUUGUACCAUGACCCGUGGAAGUUAUUGGUGUCAACAAUUUUUCUACAGAGAACUACUGGAAGAUCAGCUAUUCCAAUUCUAUGGCAAUUUUUUGACAAAUAUCCAUUAGCUGAAGAUGCAUGUAAAGCAGAUUGGAAAGACUUAGCACAUAUUUUAAAACCUUUAGGGCUCCAUGAAAAGAGAGCAAAGAUCAUCAUUAGGUUUUCAAAGGAAUAUCUAACCAAAGAGUGGACAUAUCCUAUAGAACUUUAUGGGAUUGGCAAAUAUGGCAAUGACUCGUACCGAAUAUUUUGUGUUAAAGAAUGGAAAAAAGUGAAGCCAACAGAUCACAUGUUAAAUAAGUACCAAGAAUGGCUAUGGAAGAAUCACAACAUAAUUGGACUGCCUUGAAAAUCUAUAAAUAUCUUAGUAUUGUUUCAGUAGCUUUUUAUUGUAUUUGAUACACUUCGUGGAUACUUUAUUUGAUGGUUGUAUAAAAAUGUUAAUGUAAAUUUACAGCCUAUAAUGUUAUACUGAAGAAAAGAUAUAUUACUGAAUAUGUCUGUGAAAUACAGAUGUUGAAGUUGCCUGCACUGUAAAGGUAUGCCUUAAAUAAUUUAUUUUUUGACUUGUGAGUUGUAUGGUUUUUGUCUAGUGAGAGCCUUAUUUUAGUUAUCUUUAGAUAGUAAAUGUUUAGUAUACAUUGUUAAAGAAAAUAAGUUUUAUCAAUAAAGGCCUGCAAAUAUUAUGAUACUGUUAUCUGAAAA